AUGUUUAUUCUAUAAUUAUAAUAAGGAAGCUCUGAAAUAAAUCCUAAAAAGAAAGUUACUUUAGCACCAUUAAAGAGUAAAAGAUGUAAUGGAGACCCUCAAUAUCAAAUAAAAUAAAAAAUGAUAGAAGAAAUUAGAAAGAAGAAAUAAUAACGUGUAAAUGAAUUCAAUGAUUUAUAAAAUAUCCAUUCGAUACAAUAUACAGAGAGAUAUGUAAGAUAAUAUUACAAAUUUGAUGAAAAGAAAUCAAAAUUAAAACAAAAAGCUUUAUCUUGUUCAAAUAAUAAAUGUUCAUUUAUGUCAAUAAGUAAAGUGGUUGAUUUACCAUCAAUAAUAGAUUGGAAAAGAGAGAAUAAGUUAAUUACACCUGAAUGUUCAGAUAAUGGAGAUUUUACAAGGUAUGUGAGAAAGCAAAUAAUAAAAAAUGGUUAAAAAUCAUUUGAUUAAUGA